AUGGCGCCGCAAGCCAGUCCUCGAUGGCUCUAUGCCAGUCUUAUUGGCAUCCUCACUCCAACGGCCACCGCGUUGUACACCCGAACUCCGGGACUUGAGCAGCUAAAUUUCACUCUCGAGGGGCGUUUAGAGAAGUCCCUCCCCUUGGCUGCACCAUGCUUCGAGGAUACGAACAGCGCUGCCUGUGCCUCGGUGAGGGAAGGCCUCAAUUCUAGCUGGACUCGCACCAGCCAAUACCCUGGUUUCCGCUUCAUUCAAGACGAAGCUUGCGCCUCAAAUGAAAGAAACCAGUGCCUUCUGGACCCUAUUACCCUCGAUCCACUGGGCGAGACGUGUGAGCAAGGCAUCCUGUCGCCUCAUUAUGUCGAGAUCGAGUCCCCCAGUGAUGCCCAGGCCAUUUUUGACUACGCCCGCCAGUCAGGCGGACGCCUGUCUAUCAAGAACAGCGGUGUUGACUACAACACCCGAAGCAGUCUACAGGACUCCCUGGCCAUCUGGACUCGUGGGCUGAGACACUCGUCCUUUGAAGAGUCAUUCAUUCCCGAAGGCUGCCCUGCCGACACCGAGCCAUUCCCAGUGCUCACCUUCGGAGCCGGCAUUAGCUGCGAUGAGGCCUAUACCAUUGCUCACGGAUACGGUGUGACCCAUUUUUGUGGUACCGUCAAUGCUAUUGGCGCUUCCGGUGGCUGGCUGCUGAAUGGUGGCCAUGGAGUCCUGUCCGGCAGCCACGGACUAGGCGCCGACCGUGUCGUACAGUUUACCAUUGUCACACCCGACGGCAAGAUUCGCAUCGUAAACAAGUGCUCGAACCCCGAACUCUUCUGGGCCCUCCGUGGUGCCGGAGGUGGUGCCUUCGGUGUUAUCAUCGACUCGACCCACCCUUCCGAGCCCGAGAAGUCUCUCACGGGGGCUAGCCUUCAGUUCCAGGGCACGACUGAGAGUCAGCGAGCCUUCACCACAAUAAUGACCGAGAAUAUGCACAGCUGGGCCCUUCAAGGCUGGGGCGGCCCGUCCAGUCCUAGCUUCUCCAUGCUUGUCAAUGACAAAGUCUCCGUCGACGACGCCAAGAAAGCGCUCGCUCCAGCCCUAGAUUUCGUCCGCGCUCAGAACGGUAGCAUCGACGUUCGCACCUACAAGAACUUCUACCAAUACUACACGGAGAACAUGAAUGGGUCACUUGCCGCCCCCAUGACCAUCAGCGGCGCCAUCGUCACUACCACACGAAUCGUUCCCGAGGAUCAUUUCUUGGACGCCGAAGCUCGUGAGCGCAUGGUCAAUGCCAUCAUGGACACUCAAGCUGCCGGUCUUCCCACCUCGUUCCUCACCACCAUGCCUCUCCUCUACGGUCGCAAUAACCCCGAGCCCAACACCUCCCUGCAUCCCGCCUGGUACAAGUCGGUGUGGAUCGUUGCCAGCUCUGUGCAGUGGACGGCAGCAAGCUCUAUCAAAGAGCGUAAGCAGCUCGUGUCCAUGCUCAAGAACACGACGUCGACGUGGAAGAAGGUAAUCCCCGACGGGUGCACCUAUGCCAACGAGGCGGAUCCUUGGGAUGACAACUGGGCCUACGAGUUCUGGGGCGACAAUUACAAAAGCCUUCUCCAGAUUAAGGCCAGUGUUGACCCCGACAACCUGUUAAAUUGCCGACACUGUGUUGGCUGGGAGGAGUCUCUGCCUGGCUACGAGUGCAUGUCGGGACUGGAUGUAUAG